AUGAUUCAACCAUUCCUUCGUGCGAGGCCACUGGCCCAUACUACUGCCCUGUGGGCCAUUCGCCGACAGCUGCCUCUCACGAACCUCAGUCUUAGAAGCUUCACAGUCACCCGGGUGCUUGACGGUAAGCCGGCAGGGAAAGCGCGAGAAAAGCGUAAACGGAAGAUAAAUGCAAAACUGCGAGAGGCUGCUACUACCAAAACGAAGAAAAAGAAGCUGCCAAGGAAGCUGCCAAAGGAUAAAAAGCCCAGCCCUGCAGAGCCUGGAGAGUCUGCGUUGGAAGGAGGAGAAUCCCAGGAUGCAGCGGUGCCACCAACCGCAGGAUUAUGGACUACCCUGAAAUCCCGGCUUCAAUCUUCGACUUCGAAAAGGCGAGCGAAAGCUGCCGAUGAAUUUAAGAAUGAGCAAGAAGAUGUGGAUGUAAUGGCUCGCUAUGCCGCGGCGCCGAUGGCUCCAGGCGACGUACUUCCCGAGAAGACCUCUUUAGCCGGGAGACUUGCAAAAGGCAGGAAAGCAAAGGACUUGCCAAGACUAGAUGUGAAGACGAUAAGGCCUCAGCAUCUUAACCUAUGUCCGGUUGAAGAGGAUGCUUUGCUACCGGUGCCGCAGCUCAGUCAUAACCUCGACCGUGUGCUGUUCAACCCGGGAGUCUAUCAUAUGCAGGAUGGCCGGUCUCGGGUCUUUAAUUUCGAUCCUUAUCUUGCUUCCAUCAUGCCAGUCAAAGAAUUUGACUUUGAUGCGCUCAGGAGCUAUGUUACCUCAUCCAAGGAUGUCAAGUUGAGACAGCUCAGCGCCGCACAUGGGAUGAAGUAUUGCGGCUCAACGUCGAGCAUGACCUCAAUUCUCUCCCAUUUUCACUUUCUGCUCUCUGCUUGGAGGAAGCCUAAUUUUGCAUUCUUAUCACGAUCAAUAGAGCCCGAGUCCUUUAAUUUUACUGCCAUUAGCCGUGGACCUUCUGCCGCCUUUGCACACUAUAAUGAUGGCACCUAUGCGUUUGAUUCGGACAAAGAAUACGACACGGAGAAUAUUCUGAGCUUAUUGGGCAAGUCAAUGGAAAAGCUCCUUACAUUGCCCAAAGAUGAAUUCGAAAAAUACAGGCUAUCGAGGUCCCAUCAGCUGUCAGAAGAAGAGAGAAAUGCACAGGACUCCUUUCAUUACACGACUUUGGGCGAUUUUAUGAUGCGAUCUCAAUUGGACGCCUACGAUCCUCGACUUCCUGGUUCUGGAAUGUUUGACUUGAAAACUAGAGCGGUAGUCGCCGUCAGGAUGGAUGUUCGAGGUUACGAGAAAGGUGCCGGCUAUGAAAUUCAGAAGCGAUUCGGCCAGUGGGAAUCUUUUGAGCGGGAAUACUACGACAUGAUCAGAACGGUUUUUCUGAAAUAUUCUCUGCAGGUGAGAAUGGGCCGUAUGGAUGGCAUCUUCGUCGCAUAUCAUAACACACAGCGGAUAUUUGGCUUCCAGUACAUCAGCUUGGAGGAAAUGGAUGUGGCUCUUCACGGAACAUCUGAUCGCCGACUGGGUGAUCAGGAAUUCAAAACAAGCGUCGCUCUUUUGAACGAGGUUAUGAACAAGGCAACACAACGUUACCCUGGGCGAACGUUGCGAUUGCAUGUCGAGACACGGGACACCAAAGUCCCUCUCACUUAUUUCUUCGUGGAGCCGGUGACUGAGGAGGAAAUGAAGACGACUCAGGAAGCUGGGAAAUCAUCAGUCGAGGAACUGGAGCGCGAGUUUCAGAUUCUUAGCGAAACUGAAAGUGAAGAACACUCAAAUGAAGCCGAGAGUAUUGAGCAACCCGAAUCACAGUCAUCUAAUGGAAAAGAAGAGCAAAUUUCCGAUGAGCUUUCCUACCAGGACCCGCCAAACGAAGCUGCCUGGAACGUCAUGAUGGCAAAAGUUGACGCAACCGUGGAAGAUGAAUCUCUUGGCAUAGGUUCUGUGAGAGAGGCUGUUCAGGAGGCUCUCGAACAGAGCGGAAUUCUUAACGGCAAAACAGAACUGGAAAUUGAGCAAUACCUGGAUGCUAUGGUAAUGUCUCUCACGGCGCACUCAUCCAAGAUCAAAGAAUUGAGGGACAGAUCAGACGGCCCAAGAGAUGUUACAGAGUCAGCCCUCGGGCGCACCACAGAUGAUAAUCUCAGUGCGGAGGAAGAGUCAGUAGCAGACGAAGAGCAAGUCACGGAGCCUAAAUUUGACACAGAUGGCUCAGAGAUGCGGGAUGCUUCAUUAACCGACUUGAUUCUUAAGGCCACUGAGGGAAUUGAUAAUAGAUCAGGCAACUUAAAGACGUUCCAACGCAUGUUCGCUGAUCUGGCUAUAAACUCUGAGCAAACAGACCCAGAAACCAGCGAGAUGACAGAAACGCUACCCGCCGAAGACGAUCUUUUGGAUGAAGAUGAAUUUGCCGAAGAAGAUGAAGACGAGAGUGAAGCUGUUGAGACCCCGGGAGGAGCUGUGCAACCUGACCGUGAAUUAUUGGGCAUGAUUGUUACAGUUCGCAACCUCGUCAACGGCGAACAGGUUGACCGACCGACGAAUAUUAAGAAAGAGGACGAUUUUGACUGGACGAUUGAAUAUAAUAUCACUGAGCUGCGAGAUAAAAGAGCGCGAAAAAUCUACGCAGGGAUGAAGCAGCGGCGGAAGAGGGUAUUUGCACCAUCGCCUUCGGAUAGGUGGGAUUGGUACAAGAUGUUCCAGGGGAAGUUACCGGAGCUGGCCAAAAAGGGAGAGCAAUUCAGAGAAAUGCGUUCGCAGCAAGAAGCUGGCGGCCCAGUGCAUGUUGCUUGGGAGCGACAAGGUCUGUCCCACGAAGCCUUUAAACCCGCCGGAGAAGAUGUCAAGACAGACGCAUGA